AUGUCGUCGCAUCCUCCAGCACAGCAGGCGAUCCCGACGCCUGUCGCGCCGCCGACUCCACAGGAGAUACAUCGUAAACUGUCUCUUCAUUCCGCUGCGAGACCAAAGAUCCCCACCCCAAACGCAGGCACAGAGUCCGACUCCGACUCCGUUUUCUCCCCAGAGUACUACCAACAACUUCCACCCUCGCUUCACAUCACAGGCGCCCCACCCUCUCUCUCCGGGCCCCCAACGCCGUCCAAACUCUCCGCGCAUCCCUCCAACCCGAACUCGACCCAACCCCCGCUCGGGCCCAUCAAAGAACGACACAACGACGAGACCUCGGGCCGCGCGAUCGGGGGCGGCGAUUCGGACGACGAAGAGGAGGAGGAGGGCGAGCGUGGUGAAGGAUGGAGAGCCGCGGGGAAUGGGAGGGAUAGCGCGAGUUUGAGUAGGGAGGGAGGGAAGGAUAUUAAGGCGGGGUAUCUUUGGAAGAAGGGAGAGAGGAGAAAGACCUGGAAACGCCGCUGGUUCGUCCUCCGCCCCGCCCACCUCGCCUACUACAAAGAUUCCGCAGAAUACAAACUCCACCGGCUCCUCGACCUCACCGAAGUCCACUCAUGCACGCCCGUCGAGCUCAAAAAACACGACAACACGUUCGGCGUCGUGAGCAACGCGCGCACGUUCUACCUCCAGGCCGAAUCGCACAUGGAGAUGUUGGCCUGGGUGGCCGCGAUCAGGGAGGCGAUGGAGGUGCUCGUGGCGACUAGUACGCAGAAUUCGGUGGAGGGGAGUGUUAGGACUGUGGGUGGUGGUGGAGCAGCAGCAGCAGCAGCAGCAGGAGGGGGUGAGGGUGCCACGGGAGGAGGGCCGGGAGGGAUAAGUGUGGGUGGUGGGAGGACGGCGGCGGGACCGAUUCCGAUACCGAGGAGACAGGGAUCGAGGGAUCAGUAUGGUGGUGGGCAACAGCAGAGAGGUAACGACGUCCCGAUGCCGCUCACGCCUAGUCCGCCGUCGCAGCUCGGUGGUGGUGUGACGUCGUCGGAAUCGGACGACGCGUCGCCGAACGCGAGGAGGAUGUAUGGGACGUCGUCGUCGCCGUCGAAUAUGAACACGGUGGGUGGUGGGAGUGCGAUUAGUGCUGGUGUGGGUGGUGGUGGAGGUGGUGGUGGUGGUGGUGGGAGCGGGAUCAGUGGGGGUAAGGCGGUCGUUUCUGGGUAUGUGAUGAAAUGUGGAUCGAAGAGGAGGAAUUGGAGGAAGAGGUGGUUCGUCUUGAAUGGGGAGAAGUUGAUGUAUUCCGGGAGUCAUAUGGACACGAAACCGCACCGCCAGAUCCCUCUCUCCCAGAUCCUCGACGCGUUCGAAUACGACCUACCCACCCACAACCACUCACACGCCCACACGCCCUCCUCGCGCAUCACCACCUCCAGCUCGAACCCGCUCUCUCCACCCAUCACAUCUCCUCCACACACCAUUCCCACCGCCUCCGCCUCUCAAUACACCAACAAUCACACCACCACCGGCACGGCAAAUAACGCACGUACGGCUAAUAAUAUGGAAGACAUGGACCCGUCGUCAUUGGGACAAAGUGGCGCAGAGCACGAUAAUUUCACGUUUAAGAUCGUGACGACGAAACGGACGUUGUUACUCUGCGCCCCGAGCGAAGAAGAAGAGAUAAAGUGGUUGAGCGCGGUUAAGGCGUUGAUCGCGAGACGGAGCGAGGCGGGGGGUGUGCCCGGGAAUGUGCAGUCGAAGACUCAGGCUGCUCAGGCUCAGGCUCAGGCUUUGAGUUCAACACCUUCGGGUGGGUUGGACAGUGGCCAUGGAUAUGGGCAUGGGCAGAGCGCAUCUACAGGCUCUGGCUCUGGAUCGGGGUCUGGGAUCUCUCAGGCUGGGAGCACAACGAUAGGAGCAGGAGCAGGAUUAGGAUCGAGAGGGGGGAGAAAGGUGAGUUUGAGUGGGGGGAUGAGCGGGAGCGCGUUUAGUCCGCAGACGCCGAUUAGGGAGGAGAGUUCGGUGGGGAGUUUUUCGGCGUCGGCGACGGAGGGGAGGAGGGGAGGGUCGGGGGUGUUUGCGCAGUCGUAG